UCUACAAAUGCCAGCUUUUAACUGCCCAAUUAAACAUGAUGGAAGAUCAAUUGGCGAUUUUGCCAUUAUGCCCUUAAAAACCAACGCGAGAGGACCAGCCCCAAUAAUAAGCAAUAAAGAAACAGAGGAUAUUGUAGACGUAGUAAUUUCCUAUUUUCGACCCAACGUUUUACAUAAAUUAUACGAAAUUGAGUCUCACUCGGAUAGAACAUUCAUUUAUGGUAUCCUCUACGUUUCAGAAUGCAUUAAAAUAAUCGCCAAACAGAAAGAAAAAUCGAGCGCAGUUAAACAGCUCAAUGCUAAAGCUGUUCAAACAUUUUCUAUUCCUGGCGAUUCGAAGUUUCCUCUUAACUCUGUCUAUAAAGCUCCAAGUAGUUCAGAAAAACAAGAUCUUCGGGAUUAUAUUAUGCAGAUGAGAAUUGAAAUAGGGCAAAGACUUGUGGAUAUUAUUUAUAAAAAUGGACCAAGCGAACCCUCAAAGGUUGGAAGUUUUUGUUAA